GGCAAUGCAGCUGAGAGAAGGGCGGGAAUAUGUCAUCCAGAGAGAUAAUGUCUGUCCAGUGGACUUCAGAUCCACUGGUAUCAUAGAACUGAACAAGAAGUGGGGAGACGGUCUGCAGCAGUUUGUUGAGAUAAAACACAAAGUCAAACUGAGCACAAUUUCAGUUGUGACAAACUAUGUUUCCAACAUUUCCUUCUUUGAAAUGUACGAUGGGAAAAUAUAUGGAACCACUGGGACUCUUGGGACCAAAGCAGACAUUCAGUUUUUGCAGGGCCUAUAUCCGAGUCUCUCUGCGUGCAAAAUGCCAGCAUUUAACAGGAAGAAGUUAUUUGAGGUCAAAGGAACUCUGACAACCUCAGCUGAAGAGUGGAAAUCUGAAAUAAAACAUGUGGUUAUGGAUCAGAUUUCCCCUAAUUCAUACAGAGGAGGAAGAGCUGCCCUGGUGAUCUGUGAGACCAUCAACAAAGCCACAGAAGUCUGUGAGGAGCUGAAGAGCUGCAUCCCAGGUGAAAUCAUUCUGUACUGCCGCAGUGAUAAUGACAGUCUGAGCAAAAUAGAAAAGGAACUGCUCCCUGGUGACGUCAUUGUAGCCACAAACCUGGCCGGGCGUGGCACAGACAUGAAAGUGUCCAAAACAGUGAACAACAAUGGAGGGUUGUUCGUGGUUCUCUCCUUCCUCUCUGAGAACACACGAGUGGAACUUCAGGCUUUUGGUCGAACCGCACGCAAAGGUAAACCUGGAUCUGCUCAGAUAAUCAUGUCCACUGAACACCUGCAGCCGUCUUUCAGGACAGCAUCCUCUCUGGAGGAAGCUAAGAGCACAAAGGAUCGACUUGGAGCAGUGAAGACAAGUCACAUGAUGAAAGAUAUUGAUGAGUUGAGACUGAGGGAGGAACUGUUUUCAGAGUACUGCAAAACUCUGAAAGAAAUUCAUGCUAACUCAGAUGGAGAUGAGAAAAGAGCUGUUGUUGCCAUCAUGAACGAGUUCUGGGGGAUAUGGCUGCAAACUAAAUCAGAAGAAAUCGACCAGCUGAAAAGACAUGAUCUGCAGGAGAGUUUGAAAGCUGACUUGUUAUCAGCAAAGAGUCAGUGUCAGGGCCAGACUUCACCGUGUUCAAGCAUUUAUCACUACAUCAAGUUUGGAAACAUUGCUCUGGGUGAAAAACAAUGGGACGUUAGCAGUAGGCUUUUUGGAAAAGCCAUACAACAAGAUGAAGUUUGGGCAGCCAUAGCUUUUUACAGUCGAGCAUAUUGCACUAUAAUGCAGAGGAAUGAAGAUUACCUCACCAAGGCCAGUGAUGAUCUCAAGAAGGCACAGGAGUCUCUGAAGUAUCUCACUGAAGAGUCCAUAGUCACUCUGCAGGUGGUAAAAAUGUCCCCUCCAGCCAACAGUGAUGAAACCAGCCUUGAAAAGCAGCUAUCAACCAAGCAAAAGAUGCUUCUGUGCUUCGAUGAAAACAUUACUGAGGCCAUCAAAAUGCUAGAAGACAUAAAAAAAGAAGAGCGGAAUGCAACUGCCAAAAAAUCACCAAUUUACUCCCUGGUGUCAAACGCUGAAGAAGACCUCCAAGUGGAGGCAGACAACCUCUUCAGACGAGGUCUGCAGUAUGUUUUUUCUGUUGAAAAGGAGCCUCGUUUCCCAUGGGAAGCUCUGCUGGUGCUCUUUCUUGGAGUUUUACAGAUCAUUGGAGGGGCUUUGCUGACUGCUUUCACGUUUGGCACAUUAGCUCAAGUUGGCAUGGGACUCAUCACUGAAGGAAUAUCAGACUGUAUCUACGCCAUUGAGUCCAUGGUGACAGGGGAAUUCAGCUGGAAAUCAUGGGCCAUAGAAAAAGCCAUUUCUAUUGGUAUAUCUCUCAUUGGGUUUGGAAUUGGAAAGCUGAUUGCAAAGGGCUUCAAAGCUUCUAAAACAUUAUUGAAAGGAUUUGGCAAACAGCUUAAAUCUAUGCCAAAGUUUCUCACCAGACAGGCUAAAGAUGGCUUGAGUGUUGUCUCAAGAACAAAUAUGAAGAAUGCAGCAAAACUCACUGCUAAAAAAGUGGCAGAGGAACUCAUUACCUAUGGGUUACAGAAGGGAGAAGAGGAAGCACUCAAACAAAUAUUACUCUGCAUCGAAAAUGAGGUGAAAAAGGGAAUUCUUGAUGAUUUGAAAUCAAAGAUAGAAAAAGGAGACCUGGGUUCAUUGGUAGAAUCCAUUAUCCUCUCACAUGUUGAUGAUAAAGAGCAACUCCAGGAUCUCCUCAAGGACAAUGACAGAAAGACUAAACUGCUGGACAUAUUCACAGAGCUGAGCAACACUGCAAUUCAGCCGUUCUAUGCAGACCUCAGCUUACAGAACAAACUGAGCUCGUCCUUUUACAGAGUUAUUGAGAGAGCAAAAGCAGAAGUCAAAGGAAAAGCAAAAGGAAUUCUGACAGCCAUCCAAGCUGUCCACAUGGGAACACUGGCAGCAGAGUCCAUCGCUGCAGUGCUCAGCCUCUCAAGCAAGUUUUUCUCAAACCUUCAGGAACAGCUGAGUUCAUUCAAAACAAGAAAGGAUUCAUCAGAGGAGGAGAAAGGAGAGAGUCUUUCUCCUUCAGACACUGAGUUGCUGAAAGGAUUCAAGCGGGAGCUCGCUGACGUUAUUGGUGGUUUAUUGGCUGCUGCUUUGGUGGAAGUGUUUCAUCAGAAGUUCUCCAGUCACUUGGUUUCUAUAGCUCAAAGUAAAGCACAUGGUGUCAUUUCUGGAUAUGUGAGUAAAGGUCUGAAGACUGAGCAAACAGAGGCGUUACUCAGAGCUGGACAGAACAGCAACUACAUUGCACACAUGCCAGGAGACCCAACUUCUAAACAUCCCUCUACAGAGGAGGCAAUUCAACUGUCCAAGACACAUGCUGAGAAGAUCACAGACUCCCAGACACCAGGAACCCUUCUGGACAUCAGAGUCCUGUCAGAAACCACCGGCACUAAAGUCGUCAUCCUCACUGAGGACAGCCGUGGUAAACUCACCAAAAUGCAGGAGCUAAAUCCAAGCAAUAACCCUGCCAGUCAAAAUGUGACACUGAUCUACAGACCAAAGAGUGACCAGUAUCCGGAUGGUCACUACGAUGUGUUCAUCAAUAAUGAGACAGUCAGCAUAGACAGCAAGAACAAGAGCUGCCUGUUUCAUGCUAUGGCACGAGGCAUGAAACCAAACGCCAGUGAAGCAGAGAUCACAGAGAAAGCAGACAGACUCCGAUCUAUGGAGGCAGACGCUCUCCUCAGACAUCCGGGCCAAUGGGAGCCCUUCAUCAAGCGGAAAGAGUGGACCCAAGCCAUCAGAGGAGGGGACUGGUUCAUGGCAGAGGGAGCUCAGCCACCCAAAGUAAAAAUAAAAGAAACCAAAAAGUUACUUAAGAAGAAGGUUGGGAAAGUUAAAAUAUACAAAAACUGGAAAAAAGAUGCAAUUCAAAAUCCAGGACUUGGACAGUUCAUCAAUGCAGACCACCAGCCACCAGUGAGCAGUAUAAUGGAAGCAAGAAAGCUGAACCAAAAUAGCAGAUUAGCUAAUGCCAUGCUUGAAGUGGGAACACACUCGUCUCCUCUGGAUCCAAACCGGAUUCAGAACGUACAAAAACAUCAUGGAACUGAACUUCCAACUGUUUAUGUGCCAAGAGAAGUACACCGUGAGUUUCCCAGUACAAAAUCCCCACGAUUCAGACAGCUCUUAACUGAAACCAUAGCAAGAGACGAUGUUGUUGGCACCUUCAAACUGACGAUUCUUGGCUCAAAGGUCAGAUCCGACCUGAAAAGAACCGGGUGCUUCAAGUCCUUUCAAAACACCCCACAGAGUAAAACAAGGCUCUCAGUUUUUGAAGACAGUUUUCAGCAGCACAGUACAAAGAUGGUCCAGACCUGGUCCAGUCUGAUGGAAGGCAAAGGGGUCAUGACAAACAACGACCUUGAAACCAUCACUGCAUGGAUCAAUAAGAAGGGUUAUAAUGAUCAAAACGAUCCACACAGGAACCAAGUCUCCAACCUCCUUUGAUGAAAAGACAGGAACAUGAAAAGAAUGUGUGGAGAGCAUGAGCAAUGAAAACGAAGGAGAUCAUCCACCGCUUUGAUAAUCAUUCAGAGAUCAGUCUGGAUAUGAAUCAUGAACACUGCUGCUUAUUUGGUUCAUUUCAACAGACUCAGAUAUAUCACCUGAGUCUGGUCACAGACAGGAGGAUGUGUUUGAUUUAAUAGUGACUGUGAUGCUUGUCAUUUCUCUGUAAAUACAGGUAACAUUGCUACGAUACAUGGUGAGGUUAAAAUCUGAUUUUAAAUGGAAAUAAGACAUACUUUCUUUAAACAAACCUUGAGCUGUUAUAAUUUGUCAUAAGCUUGUAUUUAGAGUUGAGCAUUAUCACCAUGGAUGAUAAUAAUAACUUCAUAAUAACUGAGGCAGCCACAGUGGCCUGAUGUGAACGUUAUAUCUGUGACAGGAUGGUGCUGUGCUGAAGACUCAUACAUGGAUGUUGGUUUGGUCCGUUUGUCAGUAAUCAUUUCUGAACUCUGUCUAUAAGGAGGACAGGAAGAACAAUGAACACAUGGUUAGAAAACCUGAAUGUUUGAUUGGAAUCUGCUACAGAAAAAUAAAAGAUGGAUUCAGAUAUUUAGAUUAUGAUGAUCCUUUGGUUUUAAAUCUUCAACAUUACUUCUAUUGACAUGAAUGAGUUUUUAUAAUCACAUGUGCUUUAUUCUGAAGUUACACUUUUUAACAAUCACUUCAAAUCAUUUGUGUUAUUGAUUUUGCUCUGUUUUGAUUAUUGAUUUUAGAAAUCAGGACACAUUUUGAAGGAGACAGUUGAGAUUUUGACACAUUUUUAAAACCCUUUUUAUUUUACAGAACUUUUUCAUCCAUUAAAUUAUAACCAGCUCUUUUUAUUCAGAUGACAUUAAUAAAAUCACUUCCGAUAUUUGGUGGAGAAAUAACAUAUUUGGUGUUUCUCAAAGUUGUUAAUUAUUGUGUAUUAAUGUUGAAUGAGUUAAUUCACCUCAUAUGAAAUCAUUAUUUGUUACUGUUGUUUUCUCUGGAAUCUGUAGUCAUUACAAAGUCAAAGAUUAAAUAAGACAUGUAUGGACUUACUUCAAUCAUUGAUUAUUUUCAUUCUCAAUCAGAAAUCAUAGAGUCACAUUAAUGAUUGUUGUGAUCACUGUUGCACCUUUAAAUAACUGCUAAAUAAAAGAGAUGAUGAACUCUAAAGGUCCA